GAUGUCGUCAUCGCGAGCGCCUGAGGCAGGAGGACAGAGGAGCCCUUCCCGUUGCCGGUGCCGGCCUUGUGUCUUGGAAUUACUUUGCUCAAGACGAGAACGCGAGCAGCGCCAUGAGCAACACUACCGUCGUCCCCAGCACUGCCCCGGGCCGCGGCGGGCCGGGCGGCGGCGGCGGCGGAGGCGGCGGCACCGAGGUAAUCCUGACUAAUGUCUCCCCGAGCGCUAGCUCUGAGCAGAUGCGGCUCUUCGGUUUCCUAGGCAAGAUCGACGAACUGCUCUUCCCGCCUGAUGAUUCGCCUUUGCCAGUCUCAUGUGUCUGCUUUGUUUUCCAUGAUCCAGACUCAGCAGUUGCACAGCAUCUGACAAACACUGUAUUCGACAGAGCUUUGAUAGUCGUACCAUAUGCAGAAGGAGUUAUUCCUGAUGAGACUAAGGCUUUGUCUCUGUUGGCACCAGCUAAUGCAGUGGCAGGUCUUCUGCCUGGUGGUGGACUCCUGCCUACCCCUAACCCACUUACCCAGAUCGGCGCUGUUCCACUGGCUGCUUUGGGAGCUCCUACUCUUGAUCCUGCCCUUGCUGCACUUGGGCUUCCUGGAGCAAACUUGAAUUCUCAGUCUCUUGCUGCAGACCAGUUGCUGAAGCUUAUGAGUACUGUUGAUCCCAAGUUGAAUCAUGUAGCUGCUGGUCUUGUUUCACCAAGUCUGAAAUCAGAUACCUCUAGUAAAGAAAUAGAGGAAGCCAUGAAGAGAGUACGAGAAGCACAGUCCUUAAUUUCUGCUGCUAUAGAACCAGAUAAGAAAGAAGAAAAACGAAGGCACUCAAGGUCAAGAUCACGUUCUAGGAGGAGGAGGACGCCCUCAUCUUCUAGGCACAGGCGAUCAAGAAGCAGAUCAAGAAGGCGAUCACACUCUAAGUCAAGGAGUAGGCGACGAUCCAAAAGUCCAAGACGGAGAAGAUCUCAUUCCAGAGAGAGGGGUAGGAGGUCAAGGAGCACAUCAAAAAACAGAGACAAAAAGAAAGAAGACAAAGAAAAGAAACGUUCCAAAACACCACCAAAAAGUUACAGCACAGCCAGACGUUCCAGAAGUGCAAGCAGAGAGAGACGACGACGAAGAAGCAGAAGUGGCACAAGAUCUCCUAAAAAGCCUAGGUCUCCCAAGAGAAAGUUGUCUCGCUCACCAUCCCCUAGGAGACACAAAAAGGAGAAGAAGAAAGAUAAAGACAAAGAAAGAAGCAGAGAUGAAAGAGAACGAUCCACAAGCAAGAAGAAGAAAAGUAAAGAGAAGGAAAAGGAACGGGAACGAAAAUCAGAGAGUGAUAAAGAUGUAAAACAGGUUACACGGGAUUACGAUGAAGAGGAACAGGGGUAUGACAGUGAGAAAGAAAAAAAGGAGGAAAGGAAACCAACAGAACCAGGUUCCCCUAAAACAAAAGAAUGUUCUGUGGAAAAGGGAACUGGUGAUUCACUAAGAGAGUCCAAAGUGAAUGGGGAUGAUCAUCAUGAAGAAGACAUGGAUAUGAGUGACUGAAUGUUGCCUCUGUGGGAAUCCAACUGUAUACGUGCAUCAGUGUCAUUCCUCUGUGUGAUUUCUUAAUGCUGUGUUUGUUCAUCUCAAACCUAGAUGUAUACAGCUCUGAGUUAUAGAUGGUUAUAAAGCUCCUGAUGUUGAUAUUAUUACAUCCAAAAGCUUUUAGAAGGUGAUACAUGGGUAACCAAUUUAUGACAGGGUGAAAUCGAUCAAGUAACCAAGCAGUUUUACUAUCCUGGUGCUGCUUCAUGACAAAAAUGAAAAGCUGCAUGCAUCUACAGCAGGCAUGGAUUGUUUAUGUUGUAUGAUCUCCUUUAUUAAGUAAGUUCACUUAUAGUAUUUCUAGAAUUUGAUUCAUUGCCGUAAUAGAGCCAUGUAGGGAAUGCACUGAUUGCAUGUUAAUUGUGGCAGGAAUACCCUAAAUGUCAUUAAAAUCCUCCAACAUGAUGGAUCUACUUAUGGUCUUGUUUGUUGACAUGACAAAUUAACAUUCUUAUAGUUACAUCUGGAAAUGAGCAUUUGAAAUAGAUAAUCUUUUAAGCCUUGUGGCUAAAUUUUUGUGGUUUUUGUUUAACUUCAAAAGGUUAUAUAUGCACUAACCUUUUUUGAUGGCUAUAAUUAGGCUUUAAUUACAGAAACAAGAUUUCAAGUGAAACUGUCUUUGGCAGUUAAGUAAAUAGCAUAUUUUGAAGUAGAGUUGUAUACUUUUUCAUAAGGUAUUUAGGAUUUUUUUCCUAAAAUAAUUUAUUCCACAUUUACAUCAGUGAAAACUAUCUGCCUAUCCUGAAGUCCAUCUGUAAAAGCAAGUUAUUCCUCAUCCUCAUUUUCAGUUUUCACUUUUAUUAAUUUGUUUUAAUCUCGUUGGAAAAAGGGAUAGUGCAUUUUAAAUUGACCUUCAUAUGCUUAAAAAAAAAAAAAAAGACAAAUCUACUUGAUAAUGUACUUUUUAUUUGAUCUCAAGUUGUAUACAACCAAUAAAUUUUGUGUUACUGUUACCGCAGUAGUAAUCUUAUGCACACAGUGAUUCCAUGUUAAAUGCAAAGUAGUUAGGCAACUGUUUUCUUACAGGAGUUUCCAGGCUUCACUUUUGUGCAGUAAAAACAAAAGUAGGCUACAGUCUGUGCCAUGUUGAUGUACAGUUUCUGAAAUUGUUUUACAAGACUUUGAUAAUAAAACCCUUAAACUUAUGUUUAUGUUCCUAUAAAA